CAGGGAGGCGCGGCGCCGCUUUGUAUCGCCCGUAUAAAUCGUCCGGACUUGCAGCGCUGCGCGUAUAAGGCUCGUUUCUUGCAUAAGCUGCGCACGCCAGCAUUUCAUCGUAAGCACAAGCGCGAGCACACUGCACGCUGCAGGAUGGUCAAAAUACUCGUCUGCGGCGACGUCGAGGGACGCUACGCGGAAACUUUUAAACGCGUGGCGAAGCUCGACAAGAAGGCGGGCCCGUUCGACGCUUUAUUUUGCGUCGGCGCGUUCUAUGGAGCUGACAAGACUGUCCCCGCGGCGCCGAUCCCCACCUAUAUAUUAGAUGGAGAGGCUGGAGAAGUAGCGGAGAACGUCACGGCGCUAGGGAGUUGCGGCGCGACGACCAUUGAGGAAAGGAAGGGCGGCGCCGGCGCAAAACACCUGAGCGUAGCGUUCGUAGCAGACGAAGGCAGUGUAAAGCCGCUGGAGGACGCCUGCGCGACGGCGGGCUUCAUGGGCGUCGACGUAUUACUGUCGUGCGAGUGGCCGCGCGGCGUCGAUGUCGGUGUUCCUGACGCCGAGGUAGAAAAACUAGCUGAAUGUGGUGUGCGAAUAAACGCCGCAGGCACCGACAGAAUCGCGGAGUGCGCGAAGAUGACGCGACCGAGGUACCACUUCGCGGGGACCAGGAACGCGUUCUGGGUGCGAGCACCUUAUAGACAUGCACCGAAGCCACCGUCCACGAGGAAGACCCACGUCUGCCGGUUUGUUGCUCUGGGCAAGGCGGCCUUAUCCAAAGAUCCUCAAAGAAAAUGGAUCCACGCCGUAGAUAUUGAUCCGGUCCCCUACGCCCCUCUACAAGCUCUGCAGGACGAACCCGUGAACUGUGGCGAUUCGCCCUACUUGUGUUUUCAGUCGUCCGAGCGGCCCGUCGAGAAACUCGCCAAAAGACCCGUCGAAGAUACCGAUAGAGGCGCCUUCCGCUGGGCUUCCGUGGGCGGUGCCCAGCCGAAGCGCCGGAAAGUCGACGAGGACUCGUCCACCACACUAUUUGUGGGCGGCCUGCCUCGAAAUUGUGAUGAUAGCCAACUGGAAGACGUGGCGCGGAAGGCCGACGCAAAACCUUCAGCAUGUAGGUGCGUCGCGGGCAAAGGCUACGGUUUUUUGGAUUUCGCCUCGAGGCAAGACGCGGAAGCCGCAUUGACAGCACUCCAGAACGCCGACGUCAAGCUCGGCGGCCGCUCAUUAACCUUCGACUGGGGCACUUCUUCGGCAAAACCAAAACAGCAGCACUAUCCCGACGACGCGAGACGGGACUGCUGGUUCUGUCUAGCUUCUCCUGGGUGUGAAACACAUUUAGUGACGGGUGUGGGCGACACGUGCUACACUUGCCUGCCGAAGGGCGGUCUCGUGGAUGCGCAUGCGCUCAUCGUGCCGAUCGCGCACGCGUCCGACCGGGCGUCACUGGAUGAUGCGACGCUCAAUGAAUUGGAAGCGACGUCGGAUAAUCUAGCGAAGUCAUUUCGCGAGAAGCUGAAUAGCCAUGCGGUGGCCUUUGAGCGGGUUGCUGAUACGAAAAAGGGCGUGUACCACAUCCAUAGGAACAUCAUACCCUUACCAAAACGGGGCUCGGGCGACGCUUCUAGGUUAGUGUCCGACUUCAUGGACGCCGCGCAGCGCAUGUCGUUUCGUUUAGUGCCUGUGAACGAUGGCGUCUUCCGACCGGCGGCCUCCGACCGUUUUUUUGUGGUGGACGUCUACUGCGGCGAGACCGGUUCCAAGAAACGGUUCGCGUGCGUGCAGCCCAAGGACACUUCACAAAGGUUCGCGGGGCUGCACUUCGGGCGCGACCUGCUGGCUGCGGCGCUGGGCACGCCCGGUCGCGCCCACUGGAAGGCGUGCGAGGUCGGCCGCUCCGACGAGGAGCGGCUCGUCGCGGCCUUCAAGGCGAAGGUGCUCGGGGAGGGGGGUUCGUAACUCUGGUUGUAUCAA